AUGGCCGCGAAGUCGGAUGGAGCCGCGGCCGCAGCCGGCCCGGAGCCGGAGGGGGUGGCCGGAGGACCCCGGGGUGGUGCGGGUGGGCGUGGGGAGGCGGCGGCGGUGGCCGGGGGCGCCGGGGUGACCGAGGCGGGAGGCCCGGGGCCGCGCUACGAGCUGCGGGACUGCUGCUGGGUGCUGUGCGCGCUGCUCGUGUUCUUCUCCGACGGCGCCACGGACCUGUGGCUGGCGGCCUCCUACUACAUACAGGGCCAGCGCACCUACUUCGGCCUCACCCUGCUGUUCGUGCUCCUGCCCUCGCUGGUCGUGCAGCUGCUCAGCUUCCGCUGGUUCGUCUACGACUACACGGACCCAGCGGGGCCCCCGGGACCCGCCGUCAGCACCAAGGACAGCAGUGUCGGUGGGCCCGUUAUCAGCACCAAGGACAGCGCCACCGCCUUCAGGACCAAAGAAGGCAGCCCAGAAGUGGGCUCCCGGCCCGCGCCCUCCUCGGCCCACACCUACCGCCGCCGCUGCUGCCGCCUCUGCAUCUGGCUGCUGCAGACUCUGGUCCACCUCCUGCAGCUCGGCCAGGUCUGGAGGUACCUGCACGCCCUGUACCUGGGGCUGCAGAGCCGCUGGCGCGGGGAGCGGCUACAGCGCCACUUCUACUGGCGGAUGCUGUUCGAGAGCGCCGAUGUGAGCAUGCUGCGCCUGCUGGAGACCUUCCUGCGCAGCGCGCCGCAGCUCGUGCUGCAGCUCAGCCUCAUCGUGCACCGCAGCAACAGCGACAGCGACAGCGACAGCAGCAGCAGCCUGUUCCAACAGCUGCCUGUCUUCUCCACUUUUGCCUCACUCCUGUCCCUGGCCUGGACGCUGGCCUCCUACCAGAAGGUGCUGCGGGACUCGAGGGAUGACAAGCGGCCACUGUCCUACAAGGGCGCCGUGGUCCAGGUGCUGUGGCACCUGUUUACCAUCGCCGCACGCAGCCUGGCCUUUGCGCUCUUUGCCAGCGUCUACAAGCUCUACUUUGGCAUCUUCAUUGUGGCCCACUGGUGCAUCAUGACCUUCUGGGUCAUCCAGGGUGAGACGGACUUCUGCAUGUCCAAGUGGGAGGAGAUCAUCUACAACAUGGUUGUGGGCAUCAUCUACAUCUUCUGCUGGUUCAAUGUCAAGGAGGGCCGCAGCCGCCGCCGCAUGACCCUCUACUACUGCAUUGUCCUGCUUGAGAACGCCGCGCUCACCGGCUUCUGGUACUCCAGCCACAACUUCGCCACCGAUCGCUCGCUCAUCUUGGUCUGCGUGGUGGCCUCCAGCUUCGCACUGGGCAUAUUCUUCAUGUGUGUCUAUUACUGCCUCUUGCACCCCAAUGGGCCCAUGCUGGGGCCCCAGGCGCCUGGCUGCAUCUGCCCUGAGGCCCCAGGGCCCUGUGGCCCUCCAGCCGAUGCUGUCACAAGUCCCCCGAGGUCCCUGCCAAGGACUACAGAGCGGGAGGGGGCCACAGUGGGGGGUGAGCGGCCUGGGACUCCCACGCCACCUGUCUUCCAGGUGCGGCCUGGCUUGCCUGCCACACCAGUGGCUCGCACCUUGCGGACAGAGGGGCCGGUGAUUCGGAUUGACUUGCCCCGGAAGAAGUACCCAGCAUGGGAUGCUCAUUUUAUUGACCGCAGGCUCCGGAAGACCAUUCUGGCGCUGGAGUACUCCUCGCCUGCCACGCCCCGAUUGCAGUACCGGAGCGUGGGGAUCUCCCAGGAGCUGCUGGAGUAUGAGACCACAGUGUAGGCCAAUCUUUCCCCCAAAAGGGACAGGCUUGGUUGAUCCCACAUUGACCACAGUGUUGAGUCCUGAAUUCCAGGGCUGCCAGGCUGAGGGGGAGUGGAUCUGUUGGUCCAAGCAUAGAGUGGCCUCCCCAUUGGGUCUUUCAGAGAAGGGGAAGCCUAUGGAGUCCCCAGCCCUAGGCUCCCUUUUCAGCCCUGUGGCCCAUUCCCUAAACUCCCCUGAACCAGGUCCCGGGGAAUCAACUGGUGCUACACUCAUCAUGAGCUCCCCACUCUCAUGGUGGCCUCUGUGCCACGUCGUCUGGUGCUGGGGACCCCAUACCCUCUCCUCUGCCUGGCAUUGCCCACGUGUCAGCUUUGGUGGCACUGUCUGUAGUCCAUGACCUAGGCCCUGUGCUUCUCGAAGGGCAUGGGGGAUGGGCUGCCUGUGUGGUUGGAGGAGAUGGCUGAGAAGGAUGGAGGAGGCCAUGGAAGAUGUGGGGUGAGGUUGGAGCAUCUUGUGGGUGGGGUUGGUACAGUUCCUGUGGGGUCUGAAGUGUGGAGCCUGGGAAAGAGCAGAACUGAAGGAGGGAGUUGGGGUGGGGUGGGGAUUUGGGAGGUACUGACAGUGCUGGAGAUGGACAGGAGAAAGAACCCUAUCCAUCUCCAGGCUGUCAGAAGCAUGAAGCGGUUGAAGAUGUGGGAGAGGAAACCUGUGAUCAAGAGUAUCAAGGAUGUUCAAAAGUGAGCUCCUGGGAGACACCCUUUGUUGUGGGCCCUGUCAUGGAUGAGGCUCUAGAUACCUAAGAUGAAAUGUUUCAGAGACAUUCUUUGUUCUAGAUGACCAUCUAGAACAUUUCUCCUAGGUGAAGGUCUUGAACGCUACAGAUAAAACAUCCUAGGAAGAUACUCUGUCUGGGUUCAAUUAUACGUGAAGUUCUAGCACACUUAGAAGAGAAGCUCUUCUAGAGAGGCAUGCUUAGUUCUAGAUUAAGUUCUAGAACGUGUUGUUGAUCAAAUGUCCUAGGGAGUCACUCUUGGAUCUGGAUUCUGUUAUGAAGGGUGGGAGCACUGGAGCCUUUGCUGCUCUACUAUAGGGAUUCUAGCUCCUGCCACAGUGGACGGGAGCCAGUCAGCUCUGGAGUAUUCUGGAAAAUGAGCACUCCAGUUCUAGAUUUUGGGGGCUUAUGGUAGCUCUAGGUCCCUGUCCACCUUGGUCCACAGCUAUCUUCCCAAGAGAAAAUUGUCCUCAAAACCCCUGAGGCAUUUCAGCUGCCAACUGUUUUCCCAGCUGGAAAGAAUUAGCACUGGGGAUGGGACAUGAAUCCUGGCUCUCAGCCACCCUGCAGAUGUGGCUCCCUGGGGCGACAUCUGGGAAACUGACAACUCCCCAGGACCUGUGGUCCAUUCCCAUGGCCUGAACAUCCUGGGAUGCCCAUGGGACCACUCAGCCAGGGGUCCUCUCCCUACCUGGGACAGGCAGUUCUGAAUGGGGUAGGGGGUGUGAGAGCAGGAAAGUCAGCAGUUUAUGUGGGGUGAGGGGACAGAGCCUAUAGGCAGAGCUUAGAACGCACCCCAUCCAUCUCCCCACUCCCCCAAGCCAACUAAUGCAUUCAUUGGGAGGGGACAGCAGAUGAUGUUAAUUACAGAUGUGGACCUGGGCUUAGGGGUAAGGUGGGCAGUGAGAACUUUAGACUAUGCAAAUUGGAGAGGUUCUUAGCCCUUGCUGGUUCAGCCUCCCUCAGGUUGUAGAUGGGAAACUGAGGCCCAGAGUAGCAGCUGCUCUCACCAGGUCCCAGACUCCUGGCUGUGCCAUCAAAUGGUGAGGGGUGAUGGCAAAUUUGCCAAGGAGUAGGAGAGGGCCACACUCAGGGUGCAGGGCAACCUCAAAGGCAGAGAGGGCAGGACUGUCCCCACACACAAAACCACACAUCACACCUGGUAUACAAGUCACCCCAUACUCCUGGCACCAUCGGCAGCUGCAGAUACCCACACAGGCCAAGGUGUGUGCAUCCCUCCCACCAGUGCAUAAAGAAUGCUUCUCCUUCUUUUAUUCCUCCACUCCCCUGCUCCCCUAAGAAGCCUCAAGAGUGGUGGGUGGUGGGGGAGGCCUCAGGCUGACCCAGAACCACUUCAGUGGGUUCACCCACCCUCCUUGUCCUCUGCUCCAAUUUGUCUUCAGAGACCAAAUUCCAUGGCCAGUUACACACACAUCAAAGCCCUUGGUGAGGCACGAGCAUCAAGGAUGUGGCCCAGAUCUAGCUAUUUCUCCAGGGCUGACUUCGUAGGAAUUUUCACCCCAUAUUGUUUCACUUAAACUCUCCCUCCCCCCUUGCAAUAUCCCUGCGAGGGAGGUGUUGUCAAUCAUCUUACAGAUGAGGGAAACUGAGGCUCACAGAGGUGACAUGAGGGUCGCCCUUGGCAAGUUAUUUUACUCUCCAGUUCUAGAAUGGCCCAUUCUCCAGCAUUCUAGAGGGAAAAGUUAAAAAUAUCCCACCUAGGAGCUGGGAGUCCCUCACAGCUCCAGGGGGCUCCCAGGGCAUAGGAAUGAGCUGGCAGGGCUAGGCAUGGCUUGAGGCUCACAAGAACACCAUAGCCGCAGUUUUGGACUUAACUCCACUCUUCCUCACAAAAACACACAAAACCGUCCCUCAGGGCCUCUGUCAGCAGGGACAUCUGAGCCCUAGAAAUGGUCAUAAGCAAAAGGUUGUAGGAGGGCCUGAGGCACCUUCACCCUCAGGAAAGAGCUGAGUCCUUUGAGGACACCCCACCCUGGAGCUCAGGACCCCAUCCCUCUUGGGCCUGAGGUCCCCCUCCCCCUGCUUGACCCCACACUUCAUAUUGUUCCUGCAAGUCCCCUUGUCCACUGGGAUAGAGGAGUCAGGGUGGGGAGAGGUGCACCAUCCCGCUCAAGCUGUCCUUUGUUUUCCUUUCUGUGACGUGAUCUACCUCAGCUGGUCUCUCUCUUCCCCGCCGGAAUUGGACCCCCUCAGUCCCUGCUUCCUAUUCCCCAUCCCCACUCCAGCCUGGAUGCUCAAGCCUUCCUAGAAUCCCUCCAGGGUUCUGGUGAGAGAGGGUCCUAGAGCCACAGGCAAGAAGAGCCUAUCAGGUCCCUGGAGCCACCUCCCCUGCACACCUAUUAUACAGGAGAAAUUGAGGCCCAGAGUGGGGAAGGGACUUGCCCAAGAUCAUGCAGGAAGUCAAUGGCAGAGUUGAAAUUUCCUGGAGGUGAGAGGUGAUGGGGUUCCUCCCAAUUUUACCAGGAGCAGAAGAGAACAGGAUACUCUGGGAACAAAAUAUGCCAGGUCCUGUCCCGCCCUAGGUAUCUCCACCCCCAGGAGAACCCCAGUGUCUCCAUUCCCAGGGCAGACAUCUGUCUCCCAGUUUUCUUAAGCUUCUGUUCCUCCAAUGUCCCAUGAGCUGGCCCUCCCCCAAGCUGCUGACUGCCCCCUAGACCUCUCCAGGCACUACUCACCCCUCACUGCACCCCCAUGCACUGAUGUACCAUGUGCCUUGUAACUGUUACCCCAGCUAAACAGCACAGACCUCCACCCUCCACCUCAGCAUGGGGCUCCCCAACAAGGGAGCCCUUCUUGGUCCCCUCCUCUCAUCUGCCUCAUUCUGUAUCCCUCCAAAAAUCUACCUUACCCCCAGCCAGCUCCCUGCUACACCUGCACCCCAUAGAGGCAUUGUCACCCAUGAGAGUUGGGGAACUCAGAUGACACGGAGGGCAAGGCCUGGGGAAUCUCCAGGUCUCAGAGUAAGGACCAAGGAGAUUAGGGGUAGCCAGGAAAGGCCUUACGUGGCAGCCCCAGUGCCCUUGAAGGACUGAAGCUCUGAAGGCCCUUCCCUUGGAGCUCACGCAGGCCUGGAUCCACAGAAGCCUUGGGCAGUGGGGAGAGGUGUUCCAGGGAAGGGGUCUACAGGCUGAAAACUCAAAUGCCUUCAGAUAAUGAAGAUCAGAAAGUGGAGGUAAUAGACAAUAGGGAGCGGUGGGGACUCUGGCAAACAGAAGAGUACCUGUCCUGCUUAAAGGCACAGAAAUUCAAAUUUUGGCCAAAGUAAACACUCGUAUUUGGCCCACAGGCUGCCAGUUUGAGACCUCUGGUUCUAGUUGUUUAGAAGGUCUUAGGGAGCCCUGCAAAGUCUAGCAGCGUCUCUGGGACUGGGACAGAGCCCUCUGUCAGGGUAGAGGACCUGGCUCCCCCUGAGACUUUUCCAGUUCAACCCUGAACUCACACUUCCUGGCCACCUGAGGGCUGGCCUCACUACCCUCUCAAUGAAAAGGGGAGGGAGGUCUGGGUGUCCCCAGAGUCCCUGAUUUGGGGACCAUCAUUCGAUAAAGGGCUAGAGGCCCCUCCAGUACCUGAGUAGGGGGGUAGCUUAGGGGCUGGGCUGUCUGCAUUGGGUGGGGAAAGAGUUCAGCUAUAAGAUGAAGACUGAAAACCAGGACCCAACUGCCCCAUCCUGUGUUGACCCCUGCCACCUUCUGGUACUGCCUCCCUCCCAGAUUAAGCUGUGGGGAUGGGUCCGAGGAGGACGAGGAGCUAUCAACUUGUGCUACUAAAGUGCUUUGUGAUGUCUCCAUUAAAGGGAAUGAGUGAGUGCCAAGCCAGCAGUGAGGGUGGGGCUGAACUUCCCCCCCAUCCAACUAGAGUCUCCUCAGCCUGGGGUUGAGGGAAGAGGGACUGUAACAUGCCAUUCUGGUUGGAAACAGGAUGGGACAUGCCUGGCUACUUGAUCCCUACGGGUAGAGGAGAGAGGAAGAAGAAGGCUGGAGCAGGGGAUUAUUGAAGGGAGAGAGGCAGGCCUGGUCCAGGGAUGGCCUGGUUCCUGGAGGUAGAAAACACCUCAGAACAGAGAAGGGUGGUCCCCUUGUGCCUGGUCUCUUUCACUCUUCCCCUCAGAUCUCCACCCACUUCCCUUCCCACCCAGGAGAGGGCUGCCCUCUCCUCAGCAACCCUGGCCUUUAUUCUAUGCACAAUCGCUGUAAGGGCACCCGCAGGCCAGGCUGAAGGAGUUGCCCCCUCAUCUGCAAUAAUCCCAGAGUGGAAGGUAUCCUGGGGCAAAGACGGGGUGAGAAAGGUGCCGGGUAAGAAAAAAAUAUUCCUUCACUCAAAACCCAGAAUACAAACCAGGCCUAAUAUAGCCCUCUUCCUGCCCCUUUUCAUGGGGUUAAGCUACUAAAUUUAGAGGGGCCUCCUGUAAACACUGCCCACACCCCAUUGGCUUUCAUAAAAUAUUUUCAUAAAAUAGCCGAAAGGUACCUGAACGUCUCCUGGAGCCUCCUCUUAUUAUUUUCAUCCCUGGGGAUCCCAUGGCUUGGGAGAUUUUUCUCCCAAACAAGCCUCAUUUCUUGGGGAAUAAUUAAUUCUCCCACAUUAAAUUCACUAGAGCCAAGCUCUGGCUGGAGCAGACAAAUGCUGCUAAGGCCUCAAGUAAGCUUCUAGGGCUUGAAGGUGGGAAUAUCUGGAUUCUGUUAGAUUGCUUGACAAAAAUUCUGAAAAGCACCCGUGGGCCCCCACUCCUGUCUCCUGUCUCCAUAGACCCUCAGAGUCUAAGACCCCAAGCUGGGAAUCAUUGGUUUAAUCAUCCAGCCUCCUAUUUACAGAAGGGGAAGAUCCUGAGGCAGAGGUGACGGCGACCUGCCCAGGGUCACGUGGAGAGUUGAUGGCAGAUGUGGGACCAGAACCCAAGCCCUACGGGGUGCAGCCAGAACACCCCCAGUCCUGACAGUCCGCUCUACCUUUGCUCCUGACUCCAGGAACCACUAGCCAUGCCUGAGGGGUUGUCUCCUUCCCUCAGCACAAUUUUGGGUGAUUUUCCCUCCAUCAUCUUGCUUCCCUCCCUAAUCGCCCCCCACCCUUGCCCACUUGUGUUUCCUAUUCCCAACCCCACUUCUCUGUAUUUACUAAAUCUGUGCCAUCCCCAGACCGCUACCCCAUUCGCCCCCUGCGCUUCCCCUAGCAGGGGCAGGAGCCCCAAGCUGGGGCUCCUUUACUGAGACUCUUUUGUACACCACAAACUUUUUGUAUAUUUUUAAUUUUGCUGCGACAUGAGAUAUUAAAAGUCA